GGAGUGGACCUGGCGCCGAAUCACUGGCUGGCCCAGGUGUCGGGAAAAUGAUCCACAGUCUAUUUCUCAUAAACUGUUCCGGUGACAUAUUUCUAGAGAAGCACUGGAAGAGCGUUGUAAGCCAGUCUGUCUGUGAUUAUUUCUUUGAAGCUCAAGAGAAAGCUGCUGAUGUUGAAAAUGUACCACCUGUCAUCUCAACGCCUCAUCACUACCUCAUCAGUAUCCACCGGGACAGGCUCUUCUUUGUGUCUGUCAUACAGACCGAAGUGCCCCCUCUCUUUGUAAUUGAGUUCCUACAUCGGGUUGCUGACACUUUUCAGGACUACUUUGGUGAGUGUUCGGAAGCUGCAAUUAAGGAUAAUGUGGUCAUUGUAUAUGAGCUCUUGGAAGAAAUGUUAGACAAUGGAUUUCCACUGGCUACUGAAUCUAAUAUUUUGAAAGAACUGAUUAAACCACCAACAAUUCUCCGUUCUGUUGUCAACUCUAUUACAGGCAGUAGUAACGUUGGGGACACACUCCCCACUGGGCAGCUGUCCAACAUCCCAUGGCGCCGGGCAGGGGUAAAGUACACAAACAAUGAAGCCUAUUUUGAUGUCGUUGAAGAAAUAGAUGCAAUUAUAGAUAAAUCAGGAUCUACGGUCUUUGCCGAAAUUCAGGGGGUCAUUGAUGCUUGCAUUAAGCUAUCUGGAAUGCCUGACCUUUCUCUUUCUUUCAUGAACCCACGGCUUCUAGAUGAUGUCAGCUUCCACCCCUGCAUCCGGUUCAAGCGCUGGGAAUCUGAAAGGGUUUUGUCAUUUAUUCCUCCAGAUGGAAAUUUCCGACUCAUAUCAUAUCGUGUCAGCUCACAAAAUCUAGUGGCAAUACCGGUGUAUGUGAAACAUAGCAUCAGCUUUAAGGAGAACAGUUCUUGCGGUAGAUUUGAUAUUACGAUUGGACCAAAGCAGAAUAUGGGAAAAACUAUUGAAGGAAUCACAGUAACAGUUCACAUGCCAAAAGUUGUGCUGAAUAUGAACCUGACACCAACACAAGGCAGCUAUACAUUUGAUCCAGUUACCAAGGUACUAACAUGGGAUGUGGGAAAAAUUACUCCACAAAAGCUCCCAAGUCUUAAAGGACUGGUCAAUUUACAGUCCGGAGCACCCAAGCCAGAAGAGAAUCCCAGUCUCAACAUACAGUUCAAGAUCCAGCAGCUUGCUAUUUCAGGCUUAAAAGUAAACCGCUUGGACAUGUAUGGGGAGAAAUACAAGCCAUUUAAAGGAGUCAAAUAUGUCACGAAAGCUGGAAAGUUCCAAGUGAGAACAUGAGAAGAGGACAAAAUUCCUCAAGAUGUUUGUUUUCCUAGUGUCAUUAUAGUUUAUUACUGUUAGGUACCAAGUGGGUGGGAGUCCAUAUUCCAGUCCCAGCAUUCCUAUUGAGCUACACACAGCUAACAAAGUUGCUU